GCUGAGACGGGCGCACUGCCAGACGGUGGAGGACCGACGGUGUAAUCGACCGAUGCCACUGGGAACUGUCAACGCGCGCAAAGGAGAAACGGAGAGAAGAAAAGUGCGUGUGUGACGCACAGGGGAGGUGCGUUUUUAGCAAGUCACCAUUUUAUCAAAACAAAGUGUGAAUCUUGCGCGAAGUUAGUUUUCGGAGUUUGCGAGAGAAAAAGUGGGGUAAAGCUGUGGAAGUUUAAUUUUAUUGAAAUUAAAACACGAGCACACCUGUAAGUAGAAGAAAAGAUAAAGUUAGUGCGAAUUUCGAAGACUGAAACAUUUAAUACUUACCAGCAGCGAAGGAAGCAACAGAAACUGCACCGUCGUCGCCUACCGUCACUGAACGCUACAUUGUACAGUGUCGGUAGUUUGAAGUGGAACGAAGGAGAAGAUAAGGAAGAGGAAGAAGUGUAGGAGAGAUAGAGGAAAUCGUUGGAAAGGAAGACUAAUUAAGUAAGUGAAAUUCAAACAAACAUGUACACAAAUAACUAAAUAAAAACUUACCUUUUUAGUUUUGUAGCUGUCGAAAACGACUGCUGACAGAAAGUUAGUUUUUUACUGACAAUCACCCGAACAAACUACAAAAUUAAUUACGGGUCCAGUAAUCCUCUCCACGAUGGCCGACGAAACAACAUUCUGCGGUGCGUGUGGACUCUUCUUCGACAACGUGGAUCGGAUAAUCACCUGCAGCAGAUGCGACAUGAUCUACCACUCACGCUGCGUGGACGCAACGGCGGCGGAAAAUGAGUGGUGCUGCCCGGAAGGUUGUUGGUGCGAAGAAAACAAAGAAGCCCAAAGCAACAACAAUAACGACGGUUCUAAGAGCUCAUCCGAAGAAGCAAGCGAGAUGCCAGAUGCGGCGACUGAACCGGAUAAACCGGAGGUCGUCAAGGUCGCGUUGGAUCAGCAUGCGGAGCAGUUCGAUGCUGAACGUUGGAUACGAGAGAAGCAGCUAGAAAUCGAGGUAGAACUAGCAGAACGGCAGGCCCGGAUCGAUCGCGAGCUGCAAGCCAAAGAAAAGAAGAUGACCGAAGCGAUCCGGAAGGAGAUGCGACGGUAUGAAACAAACUUGGAGCUUGAGCAGAGGAAAAAGUCGGACCACAACAGGCGAAUGGCAGAAUUGGAUAGCUCGUACCGUAGAAGGUCUUCGCUCAUCGACGAGCAGCUGGAGCUCAUCAAAUUCGGCUUCGAAAAGCUCCUGCCCUCCCCCCAAAUCGUUGACUUGGCGAAGGAGGAGGAGGAGGAUGCAGAAAACGAAACGGAUGCUGAACGCGAUGAAAACUCGUCGGAUCCGGGCGAAGAGAGCGAUGGAAGUUUGAAAGUUCGCGCAGAGGACACCAGCGAGAACGAGACGAAGCUGUUAAUGCAAGAUUUCGUCAGCAUAAGUCCAAACGGGCUGGGGCAGCAGUGUUCCGGAUUUGAGAAGGCACGACUGGCCGCGGGCGGGGGACUCACAAGACAGUCUCCUUGUUAUCCGAUCGACCCAGUACAGUGGCCAAAGUCUCUCGGAACGCGAGAAGGAUCCUCAACCCAUGGAGUGACGGACGAACGAAACCUUGUGGGGCUUCGCCACUUGCUUGAAGGUGCGGCGCAAAAUACUGGACACUUUCCUCGCCAUCUGUCCGAGCCAGACAUCGUAAAGCGUCAUCUGUCGUUGGAAUGCCCGGAACUACUGCCACAAUGCCGUUUGGAGGAAGCAUGCGAGGCCGAGCGUUCGGUCGACGGACUUGAACAAAUCAAAUCGCUCGAAAUCGUGGAAGACAUACUGCGCGAGCAGAUGGAGGGGGCGGAUCUCACGCUUGAGAAUCCGCUCACAAAACAAGACCCAGCCAGCGUUCUCCUAGACGCGGAGCAACGGCUCUGGGCACCAACUAGGUCGACGGAACCAAAGAUUUUCUUGUUGACCAACCCGGACACGAUAACCGGGACAAGCAGAAGAGGACAGAUAGAGGAAGCGGCUCGCUACUGUCUGAACGAGGACAGCUCGGGACUGAGCAGGGCCAACCAAACGCCACACGCAUGCGACGAUCAUCAGUGGCGGUUCUGCGAGGGGAUCGAAAGGCUGUCCGUCGACGUCCGCAUGCAACUCGUCGCAAACUGGAAGUUCGGUGACGACUUGAAAUGUCAGCUGGAGAAAUUGGGCCAACGCGAUGCGUGCCGGGAGCUGCACAUCCUGGUAGCUCUUCCGCUCGUGAGCACGGUCGACUUCAGCCCGCAAAAGGAAUUCACCAGGGAUGCAUCGACUGCGGACGAGGCCACUUCUGUCGCUUUGAUCGAAUGUGCACAAGCAGUUCGACCGGGACUCGGAAGUGUAAGGGCGAUGCUCUGCCUACAGCAAAUGGCGGAGACACGUGGCGCGUGGCCAAGAAUCACGCGGAACAGUGGGUGGAUCUUUGCGGUGAGGACAACCGGCGGCGAAAAAUGGCUACUGUCAUCGGUGCGUCAGAAACCACACUUGAGCCACCACAUGUUGAAAGCAGAAGAGCUAUCGGCGCAUAACAGCAUCGUUGUAGCGGCUGACGACGCUCGGCGGGAAGAAUUCUUCGGAGAGCUGAGAUCGAUGGAGUCGGUUGUAGCAGUCGAGGUGAAUCUGCACCAAGCGUCGUUUGAAGAUCUGGACAGUCCGAAGGAGCACAGUACACUGCUGAGUUCGGCGGCAUGUGCUCAACAAGAUCCGGCGAGUACUGAUCGAACAACGCUGAUAAAUGGUGCAAGAGACUCGAAGAAUGCUGUUCGCGCCAAUGGUGGCAGCAUCGACAAACUACUCCAAAACAACAGCACGCCGCUGAGGAACCCGAGCGUUGGACUUUUGCCGAAAGGUUCUCGGAUCCCAACGAACGCCGAGGUUGAUUACGGUGAGGGCAACUACGGCGUGGGGAAUCAACCCUGUGUGAUGGCUUCAGCGAGAGCUGUGGCACACAAACAAGAUGAUCUGGGACUAGGAAUCCCGGACAGCACUGCGAGACUGUGUGCGGCGCAACCAGUGAUCGUCGUUGAGCAACUGCCAGAGCAUAUCGGUGCGCAGAAGCCGACGAUUGGAAACGUCAGUAAGGCGACGAACCUGGUUGCCACCAAGCGCAACGCGAUGGAUAUCAACAGCAGCAACAAGUACGAGUGGGCAAAAAAGCAGAUAAACCAGGUGGAGCACUGGUCGAUGGGCGAUCGGCCGCAGCAGGUAGACUUGGAGACCGGAAACUGGAAGUGCCUAGCUGAAAGAAAAACGGUGAACGCAGCGGUGAUAGAGAUUUUUGGUAAAUCCGACGCGCCGGACGGCCCGACGGAUGUUACGGGCUGGGGUGUUACGACCGCUGAGACGGGCGCACUGCCAGACGGUGGAGGACCGACGGUGUAAUCGACCGAUGCCACUGGGAACUGUCAACGCGCGCAAAGGAGAAACGGAGAGAAGAAAAGUGCGUGUGUGACGCACAGGGGAGGUGCGUUUUUAGCAAGUCACCAUUUUACCAAAACAAAGUUUGAAUCUUGCGCGAAGUUAGUUUUCGGAGUUUGCGAGAGAAAAAGUGGGGUAAAGCUGUGGAAGUUUAAUUUUAUUGAAAUUAAAACACGAGCACACCUCAGCGAAGGAAGCAACAGAAACUGCACCGUCGUCGCCUACCGUCACUGAACGCUACAUUGUACAGUGUCGGUAGUUUGAAGUGGAACGAAGGAGAAGAUAAGGAAGAGGAAGAAGUGUAGGAGAGAUAGAGGAAAUCGUUGGAAAGGAAGACUAAUUAAGUAAGUGAAAUUCAAACAAACAUGUACACAAAUAACUAAAUAAAAACUUACCUUUUUAGUUUUGUAGCUGUCGAAAACGACUGCUGACAGAAAGUUAGUUUUUUACUGACAAUCACC